GGUUUCACGCCAAUUAGUCCAGUUCAAUGGCUUUAAGUAUGAGCAGCAGAACCCGUGACCGUCAUGAGAAUUUAUUUUCACCCCUCACAGUUCUAAAAGUCUGAGAUUGAAGCAUAGAAAAGAGAAACUCAGAGCUUUGGGAAACAGCGCUGGGAAGAAAUUAAGAAGGAACAGUCUCUUUACAAUCUAAUUAUCUAGGUAAAGGUCUGUGGAUGGAAAGAGAAUGCCUCGCGGGAACUUCAACGUUUAUUUUGCAAGCAGAGGGGGACCCCAUGUUAGAGCCGAAGAGGCAGCUGGCAUAGCUCUGUUAAUUGUGAUUCUCGCAGCUCUUCUCAUCCUUGGAUGCUGGUAUUUCAGGAGGAGAAGUGGGUACAAAAUGAUUAGGAGCCCAAGAUUGGAGUCCCCGUCAAGAUUUAGUGGAGGACAGUUUGGCGAGGGAGGUGCUACAACAGAAAACAAGAUGGGCCUCGCUGAACUCCGACCUGUGCUCCCCAACGCCCCUCCUGCAUAUGAGAAGAUCUCAAUAGGAUCCCUACCUCCCCCCUACUCACCCUAAAAAAGCAACAGUGCCAGUGGGAUAACCAAAAAGAUGAAUACAUAACCUUCUUUUUGUCUUCAUUUUGCAUGUCAACUUGUGAAUAAUAAAAAUGUUACUCUCUAUUCACUAUCAUAAAAAGUGCCUUUUCUAGUACUCAAAUUUGUACAGUUUGGUGUAAGACCUUUCCUUAACCUGAAAGGAUUCCAUGUACUCUAAUGUAAUCUUAACUGUAAUUCAUGUUUCAGUUGUUUUGACUGAAAGUUCAGCUAACUUUAGCCACUAGCUAAAAAUGUGUGGAAGUAACAUGCUCACACCCGAUUGUGUUCAUUGAUGUUUAGCUAGUGGGAGCCCAUGUUUGCAAUGGAUGUUUAAAGAAAAAUAAGCCAUUCUCAUUUUGUCUUCUUGUUAGGUUUCAUUUAUUAAAAAAAAGGAAAAAAACUACAAUAUUAUUCCAUAUCUGCUUUUAUUUCUUUUGGAUAAAAAUAUUUAAAGCAUGAAAAAAAGAUUCAUAGAUUAGUUAGUUCCUUUUGGCCCAUAAACUACUUUUGCAUGAAGAGCCAUCUCACAUCAAGCUGUAAAACAUUAGUACUGUAAUACAGUUGUUUAUAUAACUUUCUUUAUAUGUAUAAAUGUUGUUUGACCUUAAGCUGCACACUUUUAUUUCUGAAGGCUGCUCAAAUAUCUGAACUUUCUAUCAAUCCCUGAAAAGCAUAUUGUUUAUAGCAAAACUGUACUUAAGAAAUUGUUAAUUUCCAUGAUUACUGAAAUGUGUAUAGCUGCAAUGAGAAUUCCUCUGUUAAAUACAGAAGCAUUAUAGCAUUCAGGCUUAAUUGUUGACUUAUUUUAACAUACUUCUGAAAGGAUUUGAAAAUGAUGGAAUGGUUAUCCCCAAUUUAUCCACAACAAUUCUGAAGUAAAAUGUCAAUAAAUAUCAUUUGAGAAAAUUACAUUUA